GUUAAAUAAAAAACCCCUAAUUUUUUUUUGGCUUGAAACAAUGACAAGAAUCUCUGAUCUUCCACAAGAUUUAAUAGAGGAGAUACUCUCUAGGGUUCCGUUAACUUCUCAGCGAGCGGCUAGAUCCACUUGCAAACAAUGGAACGGUUUAUAUAAAGAUGAAAAUUUUACUAAGAAGCACCGUGGCAAAGCAGCUAACGAUACCAUGAUGAUCAUGGUGUAUGAUUCUAGGGUUCGUUUAGUGAGCGUCGAUCUCCAUGGAAUCCAUAAGCAAAAACGUGGCUUAUUUGAGCUAUCGACAGAGCUAAUAGGUAUACUUAAACGAAUCGAGGUAUUUGAAGUCUAUCAUUGUGAUGGCUUAUUGUUAUGCCUUACCGAUUGCAGAAUGAUGAAGCCUGAUGAUCCCGUCGUAUGGAACCCGUACUUGGGACAAGUCAGGUGGAUCAAACCCAGAAGAAAAUUAGCCAUCUCGGGUAGCUAUAGGUAUUGUAUGGGAUACGACAACAAGAACAACCACAAAAUCUUGAGGUUUUUGGAUCAUGACGAUGGUACUGCUGAGCACGACAUAUACGAUUUUAAAUCUGAUUCAUGGAGGGUUCUUGAUCUCACUUCUGACUGGAUUAUACUGGAUUAUCGUGAGGGCUUGUCUUUGAAAGGUAAUACUUACUUUGUUGCUCGAGAAAGAGAAGUAGAGUAUAGAGAAUCUUUAAUCUGUUUUGAUUUUACAAGUGAGAGAUUUAGACAUUGCCUUGAUCUGGAAUCUAACUACCGUAAUGGAGACACUGUGAUCCUAUCUGCUGUUAGAGAAGAACAGCUUGCAGUGUUAUUUUCCCGCGUGGAUACAAAUACGAUUGAGAUACGGAUUACAACAAAGAUUGAGGCCAAUGAGGUGUCGUGGAGAAAUUUCUUAAAAGUUGAUGUGGAGCCGUCCAUGCUCAGGGGAAUGUUCUCGGGGUUUCCUUCGUAUAGGAGUUCUUUCUUGGUCGACGAGAAAAAGAAAGUGGCAUUGAUUUAUGAUAAUGUCUUCACCAGCGCUUACAUGAUUGCAGAGAAUAAUUACUCCAAUAUAGUUGCUCGUGGAAGAACUACAUGUUGGCCACCGGUUGUGUGCUCUUAUGUCCCGAGUUCGGUGCAGAUUCAGAAAGGUCCAGUACAUGCACGAGGCAAAAGGAAAUUACGGGAUUUUUAGUCCAUUCUCUCUGUGUAGUUUAACAAAACAUUUUUUUUUCUAUUUAGCUCAUGUGUAGACUUAAACAUUGUUUUGCUGAUUUGAAACUAAACUUGAU